CCGGAGCGAAAUGAUAAGAACGACAAAGUCGAGAGGAUGUGGAGUUGGAUGUCUGAGGAAAUGCAGGAAAGGGGACGUAUUAAAAGGGAGAAGGAGACUGCUAUCAGGAAGCAAGAGGAGGAAAAGAAGAAGUAGGAUGAAGAAGAGAAGCGGUUGGCGGAGACGAAGGAGAAAAAAGAUUUCAAAAAAAGUAUCGGGACAAUGGUUCAAAACCAGAUGAGGAGCGUCUGCGAAGAACUCUUGGGGAAGAAAGUGGAAUGUUCCGUAACUGCAACGACGACUGAGGUUCGACGACGCACUGAAGCGGACGCAAAAACCAAUCAAGAGGGUGAGUUACUUGGAAAGAAAGAGGAAGAAAUUGUGAGGCUAAAAGAGGCGAUGGCUGAGAUGCAGCGACAAUCUUGCCGCCCACAGCAAUCAGAGCAGGAAUUGGCGUCACUUCGCAUGGAUAAUCAACAUCUCAUUCAGGACGUUAUCAGGUUAAAAGAGCAAGUGAAUGAUCUCAUAAAAGCUACAAGGACAACGUCAGGGGCGAUGGCAGUCUCGAGCCCCUCACCAUCGUUGGCGAAGACGGUGGACCCCACUUCUGAAAAGUAUGUUAAGCUGGCGGAUGCUUACAGGCGAGUCCGCGACGACAAGGACAUGGCCGAGCGUGAAGUACAAGCGCGGAAAGAGAGAAUUGCUAGGAUUGGAUCGGCAGUGGCGACUCCGCCUAGCACCAAGAAAAAGAGGAUCCUGCGUAAAAGCGUCUCACCACCUGCGAAUCUGCGAAUUCGGUUAAGCAAAAUGUCAAGUCCGAUGAAAAACGGGGAAGCUAGCAAGAAGGGGCAGUUGAAUGUUCAGUUCAUCAAGCUAAAGAACGAAGGACGUGACGAAUUCAGGAAGAGGGUAUUUACGGAGCUAUCGAAACUGAAGAAGAAGGAGAUCGAACAACUAUGUGAAGAGGAGAAGGUAGACUACGUAACGAUUAAAGCAUCGGCGACCGAGAUAGCUGACGCUUAUGCGGAUCGUGCUUUUGGGAAGCGGAAUGUCCCACCCCCCUCCGACACUAUUGAGACAAAGGAAGAUUCCGGAGAUUCAAAAGAUCUGGCGGGUGGUAGCGGUUUUGAUGACGGCGACGAGGGAGAUGCCUCGACCGAAUGCUAAGAUUGGCUACCGAGCGUCAAUGAGAUUGGCGAUUUGGCUCUUGCAUGUAGAGAUGCGCGUGACAGUAGACGACUCCAACGUGACGGUAAGAUCGAUAAUGUUUUUAGACUGGCGGUGAUCUUUCUGAUUCUUCUCCGACGACUGCCUUGGUGCGGCAAACUAGUUCCAUUCCUGCAUUAUUUAUUCUCUAUUGGCUAUGAUUUCAUCUCUUGCCCGGGUCCUGUGAUUUACGUCUUAAUCUCCCCAUGGUGCAAACAUAUGUAUGUCGGAUGUACAUCUCUGUCGUUAAGCUUUAGAUGAAAUGAACAUUUAUACCGCGU